AUGGAGGACACAGCCGAGCCAGUGCCAACGGGUAUCUCAGAUAUGACAUUGGCAACUGAUGAAGCAAGUGAUCAAGGAUUUCCUCCAUUAAUGCCAACAGGUGAUAGUCAUUUGCCGAAUGACGGACUGGCAAUCAUGUCACAUGAUGCAGCGCACUCUCCGAUUGAUUCGUUGCUUAGGGAACGUGUCCCUACUACGCCAGUAUCUAUUGCACCUGUCACUCCGGUAGGAAUACCUGGACCGUUGGCUCAUGCUACGGGCGUGCCCAGCCCAUCAACACCAAUCUAUUCACCUCACUAUCAUCAAGCAAGCCUCACCCAGAACCUUCAGGUUGUCGAUGCCAGGCAGUUGACGAUUAAUCAGGAUGCAUCUCCGAUGGUCGCCUUUGCCGCCGAGGCACGACACAAUCAGAUUAUCGGCGAAUUGGGAGCAGAACAUCAGGAGCAGCUCCGUGCAAUGUACAAUAGUGGGCUUGCAGAGGUGAACAAGUUGAGGAACGAAUUAGGCAAUGCUAACAUUGCGUUGUCGAUUCAGAGGUCUGAAAUGGGUCAAGGUGAAGUUCGUUUCCAACAAACCGAAAGCGCGAGGGAACUCGCUGUCAUUGAAGCCAACCGGCAAGCGGAAGCUGCCCGUAGAGCUUUAGAGGAAGCUAACAGCAAUGCCAGGCGCCUUCGCGAAGUGGAAACUUCUGCCCGUCAGAAUGAUGCAAUGCGAUCCCAUGAGGUCGCUGACAUGUCAUCUCGGAUGGAUGAACUGAUGAGGCAGCUUCACGCCCAGCGUCAGCAGACAGAGGUAUUGAUUCAGCAGAAUAGUGCAUUAAGCUCCAGGGUUCGAGAUUUCGAAGCUAGAGAUGCUGCUUUGAGGAUUCAAGAGGGAAUUCCACAAGGGCCUCCACCCGGCAUUCCCGUGCAUCCCAUUUCCACCCCGAAGCAUGGAGGUGACACUCCUACGGAACAGGCGACGGACGCCGGGAGGCGAACCCCUCCAGAUGGCUCCAGCCCAGGUGGCGGUGGUGGUGGCGGCGGGCCUGAUGGCAACGGCCCCAGCGGAGGCGAUGAUGAUCAUGAUCGUCGCACUAUUCGUUUCGACGAUAAUCCGAUGCUCAUCAACAUCCCACCUGACGGAAAGAUGUUGCCGACAGAACCCGAGACACGGAGGUACUUGAAGUCCUUCGGUGGGGAACCUCCUAGACCUAGUCAACAGGACGUCAAAGAUGCACUGACGACUGCCAGGAUGCUUAAAGCAACUCUGGAUGCAUAUGGUUCCGGGAUAAGGGCUAAGUGUGGUUAUGAGUGUGACACGGAAUUCGGUUGCGACAAGUGCAUUCCGAAACACAUUGAAGCUACCUGUGUUGCAGCUACCAAAGCGGAAGCCCAGCAGCUCGACAUUGAGUGGAUCGCGGAUACCGGCAGCGCCCAGGACCUGGUUUCACAGGGGGAUCUCGGAUCUUUGAGAAGCCAUCGUUCCCAAAAUCCUAUCGGUAUUGUGACGGCUAAUGGGCCUAGCACUGCUGAGAUUCAGUCCAACAUCGCAGUUCCUUCACUUGGAAUUGACAGCCAUCCAUACGUGUUGCCUAGCACACCCUCUGUUCUAUCCGUUGGUUACAGGUGCAUGGAAGAGGGAUUCGAUUUCGUUUGGAGAUCGGGUACAAGACCUUACUUUCAGUCAUCUAGCGGUGAGCGGAUAUAUAUGGAUGUGAAGGAUUACGUCCCCUACCUCAAAUCGUGGAAGGAAGGUGUGGCGGUACCUGCGAGGCGGAAGCCCCAGCCCGAUGAGGACCAUAAGAAUGAUUUGGUUCUUUCGCUUGAAGAGGCUGAGGGAUAUGCAAGGGAACUUCGGAUCAACGGCGACUUUCGUCUGGGAUCAUGUUACAAACUUUUGAAAUUGACACCAUUCAAGUCUACAGGGAAUCCGAGGAGAAUGAAAGCUACUGAAAAUGACGACUCGGUUGAAGAUGAAGUUGGCAGGGACUACAUAAUCAUCGGCGCUUGGAUUUUUAGCGGUAUGACUGGAAUCACAAAUUCUGUAGAUCGUCAUGCUCAGCUGACCAAGUACCUGAUCGCCUUCAUGAAGUCAAGAGGGUUGAAAGAUACCUUUACGUCCAUCUGCAUCAACCAUGGUGGCAAUCGCCGGGUGCAUCGAGACUUGUUGAAUCAUGAUGACUCGCUCAAUCACACUCUAGGCGUUGGAAGCUAUCAAGGUGGUUCCGUAUGGGUUGAGCGGAAGGACGACUUUCCCGUAUUUCGCAGAGAAGGUGUAGCUGGUGGGAAAUCAAAGUGCGUCAAGGUUACGGGGGUACUCGAAGUCAAUGGAAGAGUAUACGACACUCAUGAUCGAAUGUUAUCCUUCCACCCCAAGCUUUGGCAUCAGGCACAGCCUUGGACAGGUGAUCGAUGGACCAUCACUGCAUACACGAUUCGGGAUGUAGACGGUUUGAGCUGGGAAAAGUCAAAGUCGCUAAUGUCGCUUGGGUUUCAGUUGAAUUCAUCAAGACGGUUACCAUUUGUUCCAUCAUUGAUUACCGGCGACAGCGAUGAAGAGCUCACACUUUACGACUUUGUGAAGAAGAAGAAGAAGGCCGAAGCCGAGAAAGAUAAGGAGCAUUUCGAUGAAGCCGGGGAGUUGAAAAGUGCCGAGGAUCAGCCACCUCCUCCUCCUGAUUAUACGGAGUACUUUCCUGAUGAAGGUGUUAUUGUUCGCCAUCAUAUGCAGCCUCGCAAAGCUAAGUAUGCUGUUAGCGCUGCGGAAGCAGACGUCUUGAACAUCGGCGACCUGCGGUUGACCGAACGUCAGCUUCUUGGAAGUACUUCUGCAGAAGAACAAUGGGAUGAUGGUUUCCGGGGGGGUAAGGCUUCGGGACUUUGGACGGGAACCACUUACUUGUUUGAUCGUGGUAUUGAUAAGCAUCAUGCCGUGGCUGCUGUUAAGCGCAUUCGUGACAAGAACACAGCUAAAAAGGAAGCUAGGAAACAGGCUUUCUAUGACAUCAGCCAAUUGUCUAGUGGCACCGGAUGCAUGAAACAUCCCGUCAACAUCAUCGAGUAUGACAUGAAGUCUUUUCUUGAACAAGCUGUACAAAAGUACAAAGACCUUGCUGGCCCCAAGUAUCACACCCUCAAGUCAGCCUCUACUCCUUUCGCCGACGAGAAGAUCGCGAGGCCCAUCGACGAUGAGGCCGAGGCAAAGGGUGAAUUGGCUCCUAUCGCUAGCCGAGUUCUGAUGAAACUUUUGUUUGCUGCCAGGAUGGCUCGUUAUGAUCUUUUGCGGGCUGUUCAGGGAUUGGCAAGCAGAGUCACCAAGUGGUCUGCUGAAUGCGACCGGGCUCUACACCGAUUGAUGUGUUAUGUGAAUUCCACCCUAGACUUGAAGUUAAGGGGAAUCAUCGGUGACCCGAUUGACCAGUGCAAGAUAUGGUUGUUUGCUGAUGCAGAUCACGCAGGUGAGCAUGAUAACAAGAGUACAUCAGGAUGCUUCGAGGCUUUGGUCGGACCAAACACGUACUUUCCUUUGGCGGCUUACAGCAAGAAGCAAACCUCAAUUUCUAUUAGUUCUACCGAGUCCGAGGUCGUAUGCGCCAAUAUUGCUUUGAGGCCUGCUUCGCCAAUCGUCGUGCCGGACAACCUCGAGAAGAGGAUCGAGCCCGAGAACAACGGGGUUCUCAUCGAAUGGGGACAUGAUCCGUCGUUCUCUCUGCUCGGAAGGGCAGACGAUAGUGGUAGCGGUAGCCCAUCUGUCGUUCGGGUCACUCAUAGCAUGGACCUUAACAGUACUCAGACGAGUAGGGACUUGCUCAAGGUCGCCAAAGGCUAUGCCAAGUCGAAUGUUCCCAUUACCGUUUGGGUUGACCUGCGCUUUGCGGGGGGUCCUGAUGAUCGCAAACACUUUGGCAAGCUAUGGUCUUCUUUCGUCAACUUAAGCACCGGAUUGGAUUUGAAUAACUGCCAUUACGUCGUGAUUGCUCCCUGGGAUCAUUUCUCAUGGAAGAUGGAUCGAGUUGUCAGGUGGUGUUCCAAUCAUGAGUGUACGAGUUUUGAACUUCUUGAUGGCGAAAGAUCAGGCAAUUUAGGUCAUUGGAGAUUGCAUACUUCCUACAAGAAUUUGCCAAUUGAAGUGAUGAACUGUUUUCAUGGCUGUAAGCUCAAGAACAUUUCAGAGCCACAAUUUCCUGUUCGACAAGCUGCUGUUGCGGUACAAGUUACUCUGAGCGAAGAUCCAAUAGGAAGCGCAGCAGUGAUGGCAUCCUCUUUGCCCACCGUUUCUCUGGAGGAGCCGAUGGCCUUUGAGGAACCGGCAUAUUUUAAGGAUGCCUAUGGCGUUGUGAAGGAGGCGUACCAGUACAAGCUGGUGGAGCCUGCGGAGUCUGAUCCGCCAGAGGCCAUUUUCCUCGGCCGUAUCCGAAACGGCGAGUGGAUUGGUCUGCGGAAGCAGUACCCCUACGCAGGUUUUCCCCUCCUGUACGAGAUGUGGCACCGCCAUUUCAACAGCCCGGCUCAUCAGGGAAUGCCGAUUGAGGGCUUCGAGCUCCAUGGCGAUUCCCUCCUGACGGAGUGGACAGAACUUGUCAAAGCUUAUCUCCGCGACCUGGCUUAUGUGGGGCAUGCCACAAACGCCGAACGGGCUCUCAAGGCCACUGAGCCGUUUGAUGUCUGUCACAGAGCGUAUGUGCUAUCCCAGGAAACCCUGGGCUACCACGAGUUAAUGCCAGCUGCCACGGCGUUGUUAGACUCGGUGUAUACUCCAGCCCUCCGAAGAAUCGAGCAUCAAGAGCAACCAAGCUCGUAUUUUAUUAUCGGAGGAGAUAGCUCUCUCGCGUUGGUGACCCGCGGCGACGGUGGACGCGUCCUGAUGAAGGGGACGAUGGAACCGUCACUCCGGGAGGAGAUGACCAAGGACAUCCGCAUGGAUGGAUGUUCGGUCGUCAUGCGCUGGGGGAAAGGACUUGGAGACAUCGUGUGGCACGUGGAACAAGAGCUCAACCGAACCAAGGGACGCAAGGCCGUCGAGGACGCAAAAGAUGCCCUGGUCCGUCUCUCAUCCCGGAAGGGAGUGUCCUCUGUCACGUUGGUGGCUGGCCCCCACAAUGGGGAAUUCUAUGGUCUCCCGGAGGUCUAUGACCUGGAGAUGGCACGCCAUUCCGAUGAGUUGAAGGAGCGAGGGAUCCGCAUCGUUGAUCCCCAGGCUCACAUCCUUACGACAGAGCGUUACGAUGGGUUUCACAUGGAGGCUACCCACGACAACGUGAAGGUUACCACCCGCUGGUUCUUUCACCUUUGCUCUGCAAUCAUGUUCGAGCGGUGGCUUGUGAAGCAUGCGAUGGAACUUAAGGCCAAUUCGCGUGGUAUCCUCUUUCACAACCACUUUCACCUCGGACUCGGCUUGGAAGAGCUCGACAUCCCUCCUACCACGGACUUGCUCAUUCCGGCGGAAGCUGAGAUGGUGACUUUCCCACCUGAGGCACCGCCCGUGCAACGUUUCCCAGAGGAGGAGAUUGUCUUGAACCAGCCGAUCCUCAGCUUGGAAAAGCUUGACGAGCUUGAGGGUGUACCGCCCACUGACUAUGUCAAUGAAGUGGCGAAAGAGUCAGAGGAGCUCACGGUUGAGGACGUGGUGUCUCGUAACCCGAAUCCGGAGGACGAGCACCUCACCGUGGAAGCGGUUGACCCCGGCUCGGAGAUGGAACAAAUCGUUCGGAAAAUGAUUGAGUCGGCGAACCUGGUGAUGACGGAUAAGGAGGCUGAAGAGGUCGCCCAGGAGACGGGUGUUGCUCCAUACGAGUUUGUUGAGCCGAAUGUCACAGCUACAUCUGUCGUGGAUGGUGAGGCAGUCUCUACGAUUGCUACUUCCGACAUCCCGACGGAAGUCUGGGACUCUGGUCCGAUGGCUGUGGACUACGGCGCAGAUGACGAAGUGGAGCAUCCCCGCGGAAGUGGUGGACCCAUCUGGCUUACACCGGAUCAGCUACCUGAUGUCAAGGGUCGCAUGGGAUACUUUCGCCUCAAUGAGAUGGAGUGUGUUUCGUUGGGCAAAAAGCUGUCGUGGCACCUGCGUGGGCAUGCCAAGGACAAGGGGUUCCGCACUGUUGAGUUCGACGAAGAGCAGUCAGCAGAGAUUGGUGAUGUCUUGAAGGUCAUUGGGAAACAGUGGUCCCGCCUGACGGUGAUGACCAUUAUUGACCUGUUGACGUCCGAUCACUGUGACAAAGCACGGUUCGAACUCCAGGCGGAAGCCUUGGACGAGGAGACACGGUUGGGCCGGGGAACAAACUGGCACUUUACCCGUGUCCGAGCAUUCCAAGGACACAACGCCUGCUUGCUCGUCCUCGGCAGUGACCCGCUGAAGACCACUGUCAAACAGUGGGCCCUCGAUGACCAAUGGAUCCCGUCCUAUGUUGAUCUACCGAUCACGGGUCCAUAUCCUUAUCGGGCAACGGCCUUCGAUCUGAUGCCAAAGCUGGCGUACCAUGCCACAUACUGGCGAAAUUUCAUCAAGAUCGUCAACACAGGCCUCAUCCCGGGAGGGAAAAUGACCUCGUUGGGCAACAGCGGGAGGCCCUUCAACAUGUUCGCGAUGGAGCCUCAGUGGGAACGCACCUCCAAUCAGGGUGAGAUGAUCUGGGCGAACCGAGCAUACGAACCAGCGCGGAAGCGCUUGGCCCAGGCGUGCAAAGACAAGAGCCUCAACACGCCCAUUUAUGGCGAGCGGGGUCACCAGGAACUGAUCGAUGCAAACGGCUAUUGCUUCAACUACCUCGUGGCAGGCCUAGGGUAUCGCAGUUUCGACACCUGGAAAGACGCCGCUAAGGCAUGCAAGGAUGUCUACGACCUUGAUUUCUACCCAACAAGCAUGUGUGGUCUAGACAUUCGCAUCCCGGAAGGGCAUGCCUUGCAGGGCUCUGAGUCAUUGUACAAGAUGGUGGUUCACGUGGCUCCGAAGCAACCUCAUCAGAAAUGCAACGAUGAGUCGGAUUGGCGCCGCCAAGAGAAUGUCAGCAUUCCUUCUUUUGCUUGCCCGAGCUGCGGUACAUCCAACGUUGAUGGUACAAUCUGCUGCUAUCGAUGUGAGUCUCGACUGGAACCGCACUCAGAUGUUAGCAUGGCUUUGGAGAACACCCGUGCCAAGCAAGUUGCCGCCCGGAAGGGUGAGCCCCUGGAUUACAGGGCAUUGCAACCGAGCGGGGAGGUCAACUCCAAUCGGGCCACGGGCAACAAGAGGGAUCGGAGUGCUGGCUCUGGCCCAGCCGCUGUUCGUCAGCAGGCCGCUAAGUACCUCGGAAAGGCCUUGAAGGCGGGUUCUCGCACUGUUGUUGAGCGUCAGUCUCGUGAUCCGUUCACGGCCUACAACAAUGCAAGAUUUGGCAUAUCCAUCACGGGGCUUGAGCAACUCAUGAUUUUCGCCCGAAUGAGGAUCGCCAACCCGCCGAGGUCACGCCAGAUGAUCCAUGACCGCACUGGCUUUGACGGCGCAGCAAAGGUGAGCUUCUCGUUCCCACCGGAAGGUGAGGACCUGACACUUACGGACCACUGCUUCGUGGCGUUCGUGGACAGGUUCUACAAGCUUGAUGAAGCCGCCUUGUUGGCGUUUGCCGUCCAUCGCAAUGGCUACGUCAUGGACAUCCUGGGCUUCAGUGGUCGCGUAUUGAAGCCGACCGGUCCAGUGGUACAGAUCUUGGCUAGGAUUGUGGGAUUCUUCCAAGACGAGGUACGAUAUGCAGUUGAGCGCGGCGAACAGGUGCCUGAGCUGGUUUUACCUGCCAAUCAGGAACUCCGCGUCCCGGAAGGGCUCGCCUCUCUUGGGGACAGACAGCUGAACGAGCUUCUCAUCAACACGAAGUUCGCGAGACAGCUCCCCGGCGCCAAGGGCGUCAAUGAGAGGAUUGGAUAUGCCUUUAGAGCAGGGAGGACGGAGAUCAGAGGCAGAUCAGCUCAGCCACCGAUUCCUAAGGCGAGGCCAACUACUCGAGCGACUGGCAGUGCACAGCGAGCUGGCUCAGUUCCUCCGAAGCCACGAGCACGCCCUCGCGACCCUUCUCCGGGAGUGGCAGCUACCCGUCUGCGGCCAACAGAGCCCAGCUAUCCGCCACCCGGAAGGGAUGUGCCAGGAUCGUCAACGGAUGCACCGAUGCGUCCGCCCGAGCCAAAAGGGCCUCCGCCAACGACCUUGGUUGUCGAUUCAAGGGGGAACCCUAUUGACCCAUCGCAGCCUCGCCGACCUUACUUUACCCGGCAUGAUGCGCUGCUUUGGGCUCGCCUCAAGGCAUCUCGGGACAAGAACGUUCCCAGAGGAAUGGAAGAUCGUGCAGUACCAGCUUUUCACGAUUUGAACGACUUCCACCUCCUGGCACCGGAGCAUGUGGGCUACUUCCUCUCUGGCUGGAAAGAGACCCAAAACGGGAUCCGCCUGUACUGA